CUAAUUAUGGAAACUUGAAUUAAAAUGUACAGACGGUCACUAAAACAGAGAGAGUAAGAGGUCAAAACCAGUAGCUAUAAGCACAUUUUUACCUCAAAGACAGACUGAAACAUUUACAGGUGCAUACCAGGCUUGAAACAUAUUUCAUGCAACUUUAGUUAAAUACUAUGAAACCCCCUUACACAGACGGCAUAAAGUUCAGCACAGGAGGAUCAAACUCGUCCUCCUUUACAGCAGCAGUUAAUCAUUUUGAAAUAUCUUUGUAGUCAUGACCACAUUUUCUUUUGCAUCUUCAAUUUCGCCCAAAGUUUUACUGUCUAAAAGAACUCCUUCAAACUAAGGAUUGAACUUUAGUGAUGAUACAGUUGGUACAGGGGACUGUCAGUAAACUCAUCAUCUAUUAUCUGGAAACUGUUGACUUGUGUCUUUUUAAGUCUUCAUUUUUUUUCUUAGAAUUAGUGCAGUCAGUUCUACACAGGAAGUAUCAGAUCAGCUCAGCCCCUGUUGCUCAUCUCUUAGUUUAACAACCUCUCAUGCAAAGUGUAAGCAGCACCUCGCCCACAGUAGAGGAAGUGGGGUUCUUACCAGAGUCGAUCUUUCCCAACAACAAGCUGUCGCCCAUCUGUGAAACUUCUGCAUUCUUUUCUCCAGUCUUCUCAUUUUCAGCUCACUUGCAGCUGAUUCCAACAUGAGUCCACUGAAACUGACUCUGAAGUGGUUUGGUAGGUUCAACUCUUUUUGGCGCUCCAGUGACAAAUCCCCCUCCAAGUCCAGCUCUGGAGCAGGGGGUUUCCCUGACCAUGGGAGUGAGCACGGGGCUUCGGAAAGAGUGGUGCAGGAUGACAUGGAGGCCACGCGUCCUCGCACCGCCAGCUACGUCCGCUCCUCUGAGGGCUACACCCACAUGUGCACGCUGCCCCGGCUGCUGGGUAACAAGAAGGAAAAAGGAGGUGCCAAGAAGAGCAGAGAAAAGAGCAACAUCCAGAAUAAAAGCCAGAAGUCCUCAGUAGACCAGAGCUGUCCUCCUUCAACACCCACAGGAGUGCCGUCCAGAGUGGAUGAGGAUGAAAUAUCCACUCCAGACAGGAUGGAGCUCAACCCGGAACCCCCACUUACCUCUAAAAUACAGUCUGAGCCAGCAGGUGAAAGUAGGGACCACAGCAAUUCACCUGCACCACUUCUCAGUGAAGAUCUGCCGCCCCCUGGUGGUCUGAGCGAUACAGUCCAAUCAGAGGAAGAAGUUGCUGAAUCCAAUGAUGAGACUUCAACAGCUCUCCUGGACCAGGAAAUUCAAGAAGAUGGAUGCUCAGAAGCCACGCCCCCUUCAACUCCAAAGGAAGAAGGUGGAUGCUUAGAAGCCACGCCCCCUUAUAUUCCUAAGGAAGAAGGUGGAUUGUCAGAAUCCACAGCCCCUUACACUCCAAAGGAAGAAAGUGGAUGCUCAGAAACCACGCCCCCUUCCACUCCAAAGGAAGAGGGUGGAUGCUCACAAACAACGCCCUCUUCUAUUCCAAAGAAAGGAGGAUGCUCAGAAGCCACACCCCCUUAUACUCCAAAGAAAGAAAGUGGAUGCUCAGAAGCCACGCCUCCUUCUACUUCAAAGGAAGAGGACAGCAAAGAAGAGAAGAAAGAGCAACAAAACUCAGCAAACCUGUCCAGCCACAUUGAGCCAGAAGAGCACCAGGCAGAAAAUGAGCAAUUCUCCAAGGAAAAGUAUCUGCUGGAGUCCCCGCCCGAGAAACUGCGGAAAGAACUGGAGGAGGAACUGAAACUGAGCCCUGCUGACAUCAGGAGCCAUGGCUGGUACCAUGGACACAUACCUCAAGAGGUGUCUGAGAGCCUGGUCGUCCGUAACGGAGAUUUCCUCGUGCACGACUCUCUGACCAAUAUGGGCGACUUCAUUCUGACCUGUCGAUGGGAUAAUGAAGUGCUCCACUUCAAGAUCAAUAAAGUCCUGGUCAAAUCCAACGAGACAAAGGUUCAGUACAUGUUGGAGUCUGAUUGCUUUGACUCAGUCCAGGAGCUCGUACGCUUCUAUGUGGGCCAGCGUAAGCCGCUGUCUCAGUCCUGCGCCGCCCACAUCUACUGUCCAGUCAGCAGGACCCUCCCUCUGCGCUACCUGGAGGCAACUUUUGCCCUUGCAAGCAGCAAGCACGGCUCCGCCUAUUCGCCGUCCACUCAGAGAGGAGCCCACAUCAAGAGAAGGAGCGUCACCAUGACCGACGGGCUGACGACCGAAAAGAUGAUACCUCACAGUGACUCAGACAGUCCCAGUCCAGUUGAGACACCGGUGGCACCACCAGAACCAAACCUGGAAAGUGUGCCCAGAAGCAGCCCAUCAACAGUCCACCAUCAUAAAGACGCAAUGCGGAACUGUGCGAUGAGCAUGGACCAGAUUCAGGAGUUUCGCUGCCCCUUGUCGCCUGUCGGGGAAAUCCCACUGUCUCCUGCGCACAGUGCUAUCGCCAGGCAGAGAGCCUUCUCGAGCGGGCGGGCCCUGGCGGUCGUCCCUCCCUCCCCGGUGAUGCGUCGCUCCAGCGACCCUCAACUCAGCCCUAGUGCCAGUAGCAGCCCUCCAGAACUCCCCACCCACACCUCUCAGUCUGCAAACUCCUCACCUGCCCAUCAUUCCAGCCACCAAUCACAUUCCUCAGAGACAGCAGGGAGCUACUGUGACCUCAGACCCUGUGCCUCCGGCCCCCCCAAACCACCCACUAAGAGCUACGUGGAGCGACUGAGAGUGGAGGAAAGGAGGAAACAGGAGGUUAAAGAGGAAGAAGGAACCUUCAGCUCCCCGCAGGUGGAAACAGCAUCUUCAUUUAGACCAGCAAGGUACGAGUCCCACCUUCUCCCAGCUGAGAAUAAGCCUUUGGAGAUGUCCGUGCUGAAGAAAGUGAAGGAGCUGCUGGCUGAGGUGGAUGCGAGGACCGCUGCCAAACACAUCACCAUGUAUGACUGCAAGGUUGCUAGAAUUUUAGGUGUUACCUCAGAAGUGCAAAGGAUGAUGGGAGUGUCCUCUGGGUUAGAGUUGCUGACGCUGCCACAUGGUCACCAGCUGAGACUUGACCUACUGGAGAGGUUCUUCACCAUGUCCAUCAUGAUGGCUGUGGACCUUCUUGGCUGCACAGGAAGCACCGAGGAGCGGGCUGCUCUGCUUCACAAAACUAUCCAGUUAGCAGCUGAGCUGAAGAACAACCUUGGCAACAUGUUUGGUUUCGCUGCUGUGAUGAGAGCGCUGGAGCUGCCACAGAUCUCCCGCUUGGAGCAGACAUGGGUGACGUUACGGCAGAGACACACAGAGGGCGCCAUUCUGUACGAAAAGAAACUCAAGCCUUUCAUGAAGAACAUGAACGAUGGAAAAGAAUCUAGCGCACUUUCCAACACAACCUUCCCACACAUCCUCCCUGUGCUGUCGUUGCUGGAGCGGGGCAUGGCUGUCGGGGAGGUGCUGGAGCCGUGGGAGAGCACAGAAGUGGGGGUGGACGUGGUCAUGUACCACCUAGAGGCAGCUCGGACUAUUGCUCACCACGGAGAGAUCUACAGAACCAACGCAGAGAGCAAACUGCAGGGUCUUCAGGAGCGGCCAGAGCUGGACGAGAUCUUCCAAACGGAGUUCCAGAUGCGCCUCCUGUGGGGCUGCCGCGGCUCCGAGGGCAGUCAGUCGGAGCGCUACGAAAAAUUCGACAAAGUCCUCACCGCUCUGUCCCACAAACUAGAGCCUCCUGCACGCCACAGCGAGCUAUAGCAGCAACAAUCACCAGAACAGUCCUCUCUGCACUCACCACCUAGAGUGGGAGAUUCUUGCUUUUGUGUCGCGAAUCAUGAUGUUCGGGGGAAAAGAGGAUGAAGGAGGAGGCAGCUAAGAGAGCGCGGAGAAUAAAAGAAGAGAGUUUCGCUCAGACUCUGUCGGAUUUGUCCGAUCCGUCUUGGGGACUUGCUAAAAUUUUUAAAUGGCAGUAAGGACUGAGGCAAGCAACACUUCGGAUGCAAACAUCUACAUUCAUAUGUUAAUAAGCCUUUAGGGCCAAAUGGAUCAAUAAAAUGUGGCUUUUCUCCAGACACUGUCACACUGUAGCCAGGAUGACCACAAACGCUUCCACAUCUUGUCUAUAGGUGUCUCUGCGAGUAUGUCGGUGAGCGUUCUCCAUUUUUCUCUUUUUUUCUCUUCUAGUCUGCUUUUUGUCCUAUUUAUUAUGAUGAAAGGUAUCCAAACAUGGUGUAUGUUUUUGUCAUGAAGCUCAUGAGAAGCUGGAGCGAGGGACCCGUCUUCAUAAAACCUCAUUAAGAAUGUAUCAAGCAGCCCCGUUGAAUCCCAUUAAAAAUGUAUCGGGCAUGCAUUAAUAAAUUGAUCAGAAAUGAA